AUGGAUUCGGCUCAAGACGAGAAUAGCCACCCUCAGCAAGCGGUUAACCCAGAUUAUGACUUGACAACCAGCAUCGACCCAAACGGGGUCGGUUUACGGCAGAAGUUGACUUCGUACGGAGAUGUACACUUUUCGCUCUUUAUGCGCAAGCUUUUCAUCAAGGCAAUGGGAUACAGUGAGGAUGCCCUCUCCCGACCUAUCGUGGGCAUGGUCAACACAUAUUCAAGCUUUAACCCCUGCCAUGCCAACAUCCCCCAGCUCAUCGAUGCCGUAAAGAGGGGCGUUCAAUUAAACGGGGGACUGGCGAUCGACUUCCCAACCAUCAGUCUACACGAGUCCUUUGCUGCACCCACAAGCAUGUAUCUACGGAACCUGAUGAGCAUGGACACUGAAGAAAUGAUCCGGGCGCAGCCUGUUGACUCCGUUGUUUUGAUAGGAGGUUGCGACAAGACUACGCCAGCCCAGCUGAUGGGCGGGAUAUCCGCCAACAAGCCGAUCAUCCACCUUGUCACAGGCCCUAUGAUGCCAGGCAGUCACCAAGGGGUGAGGGUUGGGGCUUGCACUGACUGCCGGAGCAACUGGGCUAAGUUCCGGGCCGGCGCCAUCGACAUCGAGGACAUCUCUGCUCUGAACGAGGAGCUAGCACCGACUGCCGGCACCUGCGGCGUCAUGGGUACCGCAAGCACCAUGGCCUGCCUGCUGGUUGCGCUGGGGAUGAUGCCCAUACAGGGAGCCACAGCGCCCGCCGUGUCAUCCGCCCGCCUGCGCAUGGCCGAGUCCACCGGCGCCUACGCUGUUCAACUGGCCAAGUCUCGCCUCCAACCGCAAGCCAUCCUCUCACGGGAAUCCUUCCUUAACGCUAUCACCGUCCUCCAAGCCAUCGGCGGCUCCACCAAUGCCAUGGUCCACUUGAUGGCCAUCAUCAACCGGCACCCAGCCCUCGCAGGAACCAUAACCCCCGCCACCGUCGAUGCCAUCGGCCGACAGACCCCGCUCCUCCUGGACCUCAAACCCAGCGGCGAGAACUACAUGACCGACUUUCACAAUGCCGGCGGCAUGCUCGCCCUGUUGCACCAGCUCAAGCCCCUCCUCCACCUCGACGCCCUCACCGUAACGGGCCGCACCCUCGGCGACGAGCUCACCCACACUCCCUUCUGCCCGCUGGCUCCGGACAGCCCCGCCAACUGCAUCCGCCCGCUCGACGACCCGCUCUACCCGUCGUCCGCGCUCGUCGUCUUGCAGCACGGCAAUCUCUCCCCCGGCGGCGCGGCCGUCCUCAAGGCGAGCGCGUCCAAGGACAGGCGGCUGCUGCGGCACCGGGGCAAGGCGGUGGUGUUUGAGGGGUCUGCGGACCUGGCGGCGCGGAUCGAUGAUCCGGGGUUGGAGGUCGAUGCGGACAGCGUGCUGAUUUUGAGGGGGAUUGGGCCGGUCGGGAACCCGGGCAUGCCCGAGGCGGGGCUGAUUCCCAUUCCCAGGAAGCUGGCCGCGCAGGGGGUGCUGGAUAUGCUGCGGAUUUCGGACGGGCGCAUGAGUGGCACGGCGGGUGGGACGAUUGUGCUGCAUGUUUCGCCCGAGGGGGCGGAUCCAGGGUCGGUCUUGGGCGUGGUUAGGGACGGGGAUGUGGUAAUAUGCGAUGUGGAGACAAGGGUGUUGAACUUGGAGGUUGCGGAGGGGGAGAUUCGGGAGAGGAUCGAGCAGAGACGGCGGGAGAUGGUUGGGAAUAAAGAGGAGCCGUGGAUGGCACGCGAGAAGACUAGAGGAUACCACGGGUUGUAUAUGCGGGAGGUGAACCAAGCGGAGCACGGGGUGGACUUUGGCUUCCUAACCGCGGACGGUCCCGGGACUGCGAUUCAAGGAGUUGAAGUCGUGAGUGCAUGA